AUGUCGUGUUGCAAUCGGGACGGCUCAAAAGCAAAGGAGACUCGAGAAGCAAAGGCUGAAAUUGUGGAACUGCUGUCGAAAUUGGAAAUCGAUCAAGUGAUUGAAGUUAAAGAUUGGUUAAUUAAAUAUGUCAAUGAAACUCCUUCCGAUCAGAUAACAUCGAAUCAUGAGAAAGAGAAACGAAAGAAAAUGCUCGAAAGAGGUGCGAGUAAACUCAACAGAAUCGCCACUUAUCUAAAAGAUAAAGCAGUCGAUGUGCCGUCCAAAGCUCCUAAUAAAUUAAAAUAUCCUACCGAAGGCUUUGAUAGUGAUUGUACUGAAGUCAAUACAUGCGAAGUCGAUUCCUUCCUCUACGAUGACGACGAUGUUGAAGAACUGGUUCAACGUGACGUGCUCAGUCGCACUUAUUGUCCAACAUGUAACUCGAGAGAUACCGUUUCUCUGAAUUACAUUAGUCACAGUUUGAGCCGUCUACAAGUAAAAUUCAUGUUCGAUCAGUUGAUGCCUCCGACUUGUCAACAUGUACUGGAUAUUGGAAGCCGGCUAGGUGCUGUUGUCUAUGGAGCUUCUAUUUUCACUAAUGGGAACGUUAGUACGAUUGGUGUUGAAAUGGACUCUGACUACGCUGCUCUUACAUUACGAACGAUUCGCCAGUUUGGAUUGAAGAAUGUGGAAAUUCUUCGCGAUGACAUUCGUCACCUUCCACAUGUCUUUAAAGACAAUCAGUUCAUUGUAAUGAACAAUGUGUUUUCCUUCUUCCUCUCCAAAACUGAACAAGAAGAAUGCUGGGAGUUUCUUCACACUCACAUGCGUCCGGGAACAGUUCUCGCUCAUCACCCACCUAUCGAAAAAAUUACGGAGCAUCUGGAUCUUUCAUUUGCCGUGGAGGAUUGGCUGGAAUUUGUGAACACUACACCAGAAUGUCUGGAGUAUGGAUCUAAUGAUUCAGAAAUCUAUGAAGAAAUGGAAUCGAUUUGCAAGUACAUUGUAAAGAACCCGGAUGUCCAAGAUGCUUCUGUUUCAGAAUAA